UGUUGAGAUGUGUAGAGGACGUUCGCACCGGUUGUCAUGGCGGGAAGCAUGGGCGGUGAACAGCUGCUUUGGCGCCGGCCUCCACAUGUCCUGGAUCCGUUGAUGGUGGAACAUGUACCAGCCACUGCACCAUCAGUUGGAGAUGCGGCGUUGCAGCAUUGGAUAAACCGAGUACGCUGGCAUGCUGAUCGCGCGAUGCUUGCAGGGAAGGCGGCUCAAAAGGCUCAAGACAUCGCCGAGGAUGCGGCCAAGAAGGCUAUUGAAAUGGCUGGUGGGGUGCUGCCGGACAGAGUGAAUUUGGCUGCCCAUGACGCACGGUUCCGGUCAGGUGGGGAUGCUGCUGCCAAAGAGAUGGGCCAGGAGGACCUCCAGAAAGAGGCUAGCCAAGAAGCACACGCAGGCCUGCCAGAUCCUCAUGCAGAGCAGCUUGCUGCAAACGAGGCGGAUGCAGCCACAAGGCCAGUGCAGCAGCUUGUGCACCCUUUGGUCUUUGGCUGGGUGUGCUGGCCACAUUUUGCAGGUUUUUCUCAACAUUUGGCUGGGUGUUGGUUCAUCUCACUCGAGCAGAGGGCGUGUGCACAUAUCCGAGCAGUUUUCCUAUUGUCUUCCCGCUCAACUUUCACAUUGCACUUGAAAGAGGAGGAAUCCUUUCACGAGUUGAGGCAUUGAUGUUCUUCCUGAGGCGUCUCUGUUCCUUUUGUGCAGGUAGUGAUCACGAAUCCAUGGUUGGAGGCCAUCGCUAUUGGGUCGGAGGCCAUCGCUACUAGCGUGGAGGCCAUCGCUACUAGUGGACAAGAUAUUUAUGUUUGCAGCUGAGCGCCUCUGACAAUCAAUUCUGGGUACGAUGGCCCAGGUCCUACCUGGCCGUGGAGCGCGGC